AUGUCAAACUUCUAUGUAACUCUUGUUCUCGGCAGCGAUGCCUCGGCGAUUCCCGUUCUCGGCGAGCGGGCCACUUUACAGCAACAAACCCGCGUGAUUGUGAGUCUAUCACCACGUAAUCGGCGAGCAAAUCCGAGGUUCCGGCGAUCGCUCCGAUCAUUCCUGCUAUCAACACUAUUAUUCGUCUACAUUUUUUAUUCCGUUAUCACUCACCGACGGAUGACCAGUGCCGGUUAUCCCCAUCACGAUCCUCCGCUGCACAAAAUUGUUCACGAUCUGCUCUGCUUGCUUCAUGGAGUGAGGAAGAUAGUCGAGUCUGCGGAUGACCCAGUGAAGACACUGCUCACUCAGCUUCUCUGUGUUUACGAAAAGCGGAUCGAAAAUCUCGAUAAUGAGACAUUGUUAUCGGCGUUUAUGGUUGAAUGGAUCCGGUUGACAUGGUCACUGCUGUCUGUGAUAUCACGGCUCAGUUCACGUUUCAUAGACCCACGACAUGUUGACCAAGAGGAGCAGCAGCUAACCAAGCGGCUCAACAUAAAGCUUUUCGAUCUCAUUAACAAGGCUCGACCCGUCCGACCACCACCUACGAUGUUAGAAAAUGACUACCGAUGGGUGCAGUUCUACGGUCUUCUCGCACCGACGUUAACAACACUGCAUGACUUGUACUCUCAGCUUGAUAAUCCUCUACCGUCACUCGACUCUGCUAUCGCGACAUUUGGAGACGCUCAGUUGCGACCAUGCGUGGAGUCUUUCCGUGAUCUCUGUAAAUCUCAUUCUACAUCAAUUUUCUCAUCGUUGCGAGCUGCUCAGCUUGACCGAAUGGCGAAUUUUCACGAAAUUCCGGAAGAGAAGUUGAAGCUAGCCGCAUCGUACUACACUUCGUUGCUCUACACUCUCGGCAUUCUUGCAUCGAGACUACAGGGAUUCCGUUUCGAGUUACAAUGCAAAUUCCCUUUCUCAAUGAGUGAUCCCGUUCGUGGCUUGCUCGAUAUUGUGUACUUGACCGUCGACCAGUUGGUUGCGGAUUGUCUCUUCGCUGCCGAGCCUUCCACUAACGCUAUUUUAGUCACUAAUAAUCUAUUUCAAUUCAAUUGUGACAGCCUUGCCCACGCUGUCACGUACAAACACUUUGAUGUACAAAUCGUCAGCGAGGAGACUGCGCAAGCAGUGCAGAUACAAAUGAACAAGGUUCGGGAUGGGACAUUUUCUCCUCACUUACCAGGAAACUUCCCCUCAGCUGCUCUCCUUGCCAUGAAACCCACAAGCGGUGUGAAACGGAAUAAUGCAACCGCUAGCGCCGAAGGUGGAAAUACAGCGCAUAAGAAAUCGGACGUGAAUAGUAAAGAGUCUGUGAUGCUGACACCCUCGUACAGUGAUAAACUAUCCACAUGGCAGGCCACAUAUCCCCAUUUGCUUUGCACCACCAGGCAGAAGGAUACGGUGUUACUAGAUAAUCGAGCCGGCCAGGUGGGGAAAAGGCCAGUAUUCUACUUUUACAUCCGUGCCACAACAUUCUCGCCAUCCGGAGUUCUUUCUUACGCGCGCUCGCUUUCAUUACCAUUCACAAUUGCCACAAGACGUAACCAGGACUGUCAGGUACAACGAAUGAUGAGCUCAUACACAGCGACUUGCUUCUGGCUUUAUGGCACAAGCACUUUGGAUGGUCUCAUCUUCAACUGGAGUGACACCGGUAUCAAGUGGUCACGCUUCAAGCAGCUGUACCAGGCAUAUUUCACUGUGAAUGCCGAGGUAAAACGACCACUGAGUGAUGUUGACUUUCAGUUGAUGAAAGAGAAAAUGGAAUGUGAGGACUGUCGCGAAUAUAGCGCUGCAGAAGGCGAUGAACCUCUGCUCACGUUUAAAAACGUUCUAUGUCCGCAUUUGCGCUACGAGUGCGAACAGAAUAACCUCAGAUUCUCUAUAUGGAGAGGAAUUCUGGAAGUACUUCAAAUCUUUCAAGAUGCACGAACCAAUGUGAAACAGCUUUGGGAUGACUUCAUACUUCACGGAUUAACUGAUAUAAAUGAGAUAAAUGAGAUGCUUCUGGCACAGCCUGCCUCUGUCAUGUACCUGAGGAUCUCAUACGUUGCCGGAGGGAGCAUUUGCAUAUCAACAAGAGGAGAACGAGGGAUUGUUCAUUUGGAACCGAUCGAGCUAAAGAAAUUGCAGGCCAAAAGUGCAUUUGAAUAUCUGGCCGAUAUUGCUGAAUCCGAGAAGAUCGAAUACGUUUUAACUGCCGAGCACUCCUUAGUACCGGUUUCACAGCUGAUUGAGAAGUAUAAAAUUGGUUCUGAUCUACAUAGAGUUCGCAACGUUCAAUCAAACAUCACCCAUAAUGGCCCCCUUGACGCAAUCUGCGAAAUGAGCUUCACUCCACUGCGAAUCGCUGUUGUCACAUGCCGAGAUACAUUUCAAGAGACGGGGCCAGCAACGGUACCGUUAAAUGGUUACUCCAAUCUUGUACAGACAAUGACUAACAGUACUUCAUCAUCAUUUGCUGCUCAACUUCACCACCUGAUGAAACUGCAUGGGAAAUCGCCGGCUGAUGUCCUCAGUAUACUUGGAUAUAACAAUUUAGAAGCCUAUCAAGCAUCUGUCGUGUACCAUGCACCACAGUAUCGGUAG